AUUUGCCCAGUCUCGCACUAACUAACUCGCUCAUUGGUGCACUACUGUUUUUCCCUUUCACUUCUGCUCACUAUUAAUAAAUAGUCAACUCUUGAACAUUCCUGAUUAAUCACUAAUUGUUGAUUAACCCUAAUGGUUCGUUUUUUUAACCCAUACACAAUAUCAGACAGGACAAUGUGAAUAUCGGCUCAAAAUAUCCCAGGACGUUCCGCAGCAGCUGGGCAGAAAUGGAAUAAUUGAAUUUUAUCACUUGUUGCAGCAGCUGUUCACCACAAAAAGUUUAAAAUGUUCAACAACACAAAUGGUGCUACAUUCGCAGAAAAGCUCGGACUGGACUCAGAAGUUCGAGAAUUGAAGUUUGGGUCUAGUUUUACUCCUGGAAAUCGGGGACAAUCAGGAGGCUUUCACUCUAUCAAAUAUGAUUUUAAACCUGCAAGUGUGGACAAAUCCAAGACUGCAACGCUGGAAAUGGGACCGAGUGGACAGGUCACGAUAUCCAUGCCACAUUACGACAAUACCGGGAGCACUAUUUUUAAAGGAUCAACGAGACCAUACACUAAAGAAUGUGUACUUAUUAUUGAUAAACAAACUGGAGAAAUGGUUCUAGAGAAACUAUCACACAAUGUUCAAGUAAAAAAGACAAGGCAAGAGGGGAGUGGUAAAAACUCGUCCAAGAAUGCUGGACUUUUAGGAGAUGUGGAACCCAGUCCUCCUCCAUCUGCUCCGAGGUCAGGCUCCAAUCGCACUGAUUAUACUUCAUCGUCGUCGAGAGGUCGCGAGGACGGUAUGGGUUACCCAACUAAACGCCCAGUCCCACCAGCAGUUUCAAGCUUGAAUCCACCAAUUGCUGCUGGUGGUGGUAGUGGUACGCAUGGACGACGACCAAAUUCGCCUUUGCCUCCAGCAGCGAGUUCUUCGAGACAUUCCCCACUCCCUUCUCAUCAUCAUACCUCUUCUUCAGGGCGAUCUUUAUCGCCAUCACCCUUUGAAACUACAUCAGGAAAAUCAGGCACGUCAGUUGCUGCCUUUGAUACUCUAGUUAGCAAACAAAGCACAACAAACUCCACUCCUGCAAUACUUUCGUUGACAAGUAUUGAAGAUCUAUUAACGACCACAUCUCCACAACAGCAGCAGCAACAACAACAACAACCUCCCCCACUUCUCAAGACAUCUGCAAGUUCCAAUAAUAAUAAAAAAGGAGCAACAGAUCAAUCACUUGUUGGUCCUCAACCUGGGACAAGUGCUUUCAUGAAAGACAACAAAUCUACUAUCCAUUCACCAAGUAGCAAAAAGAUAGUUUCGGGUGAAAUGUCAGAUUCUUCAGAUGAUUCAAGUAGCAGCUCGAGUAGUGAAGAUGAUGACGACAGCAGUAGUGCAUCAGACAUGGAGGAAGUAGCAUUACCACAAAUUAGCAUCGCCCCAGUGCCUAUGGACAUUUCUAAUGGAAAGCAUCCUCAUACGCAUAAUGCAUCACCAGCGGCCAGAUUUCCUCCUGCAACCGUACCUGGAUCCAUGCCAAAUUUUUCCGAUUUGGGAGAUAUACCUUCCCAUCCUCAUCUAUUGAGUGAAGAUUUACAGCUAUCCGAGUCUGGCUCCGACUCGGACUAAUUAUUGUUAAUUACCACUAUCGUCUGCCGCUAAUUUGUUAUGUCACGUGUAAAUCAAAAAAACUGCCAAUGCACAUCAGAAAUUUGCUAAAUUGCCGAGUAUGCAAUAAUAUUCAUUAAUGGCACAAUGCCAAAAAUUAGCUUAUUGAGCAUUAAUUUGAAUAUAUAUUGUAUAAUUGUAUUGUAUGUUUGUGCUAAUUUUCUUUGACUGAUGCUAUUUUGCAACGAUCGAUUGGCCUUCUUAGAGAAGUGAAACGUCCAGAAGAAAUAAAUGCAAACAAUUGCAAUAAGUGCAAACAA